AUGAGAGGCCACAACUUGCUGAGGCGCCCACGAUCAUUGGCACGUAGCACUGCCAUCCAACCACUUCCACGACAACCAUUCCCGAGAACACCCAACAAUGCUUCGCAAACAGCAGCAAGUGCCACUCGAUCCAAGUCAAGUCUUCCCCUGCCGCCUUCCUCAUUGUUUCAAGUGUUUUUGGAACGAUACAAUGCGGCUCUGCACAGGCGCCCGUUGCUCGUAAAAGCAUCGGCAGCUUCCAUCAUUUUCUUUGCCAGUGACUCGGCAACCCAACGAAUCACGGAACCAGACAAGGAUUGGGAUUUCGCGCGAGCAGGAUCUGGUGCUGCCUUUGGUGUCGUUGCCACGGCUUGGUUGCACUACUGGUGGGGAUUCCUCGAGGUGGCAGUCGGCAAGCGAUUGCCCACCAGCACGCACCGAUUGUCCAACACCUUGACUAAAGUUGUUGUGGAUCAAGCGAUUGGAGCUCCCAUGUACAUUUACACGUACUUUGUGAUUACCAACUAUUUGCAAGAUUGGAAUGCCACUAAGGACAAAACCUCAGAGAAUGCCAAACAACUCUUGGACAAGACUUGCAACAAGGCGUCUGCCAUGCUUCCUCCUACCAUGUUGCGACACUGGACCUUGUGGCCAGCAGUGCACACUUUUAACUUUUACUACAUGCCCUUGCAUCACAGAGUCUUGGUCCAGAACCUUGUAUUGGUAGGAUGGAGUGGAUACUUGAGUCACUUGAACAAUGGAGGCCUCAUGACUCCUGAUGGGGAAAUGGAGGUCACGGAAGAGAUUAUGCGACGAAAGUCCUAUCGUUCCACACCAACGACGGUGCAAAAGCUACAGCAGCAAAUGGAGGGAAGCUCCCCUAUGCGAAGCUAA